AUGAAGAUAUUUGCAUUUGAACAAGGCAUUUGUCUUUCUGACUGUCCUAAACUGAGAAUUGUCCUGGCUGGAGUGACAGAAUCUGGGAAAAGUGCUGUUGGUAAUGCCAUUAUGGGCAAGAAAGUCUUUGACGAGGUUGGGGUAAAGACCCGAAUGAGUUUCCCAUGUCAGGGUCUAGUGAGAGGACAGCAGGUGCUGGUGGUUGACACCCCAGGUUGGGAAUGGUUCAACGUCAAUGGCUCCUCUGCAUCAGUAUGGCCAGUGAAGAAGGAGAUAAUGAGAAGUAUGAGUCUGUGCCAGCCUGGAGCCCAUGCCCUGCUGGUGGUGGUACCACUGUCAUUCUCGUUCUCUCAGCGUGAACGUCGUGCCGUGGAGGAACAUGUAGAGCUGUUUGGUCCAGAAGCCUGGAGUUACAGCCUGGUGCUCUUCACCAUCUUAGACAGAAAGCAGUUACGUGGCUCCACAUUAAAGCAAGAAGUGAUGUUGAACGUCGAGCUACACAAGCUGAUUGAGAAAUGUGGAGGCCGUUUCCAUGCUCUGUACAGCAAUCCCAAAGCAGGGCAGGACCAGGUGGCUGGUCUUCUGGCUAAGAUCAAGAAAAUGAUGGCUACCAAUGGGGAGACUAUGCUCUCCAGUGAGAAGGUGUUGGAACAGGCCAGAGAAAUGGAGAAAGAAGAAGUGAGAAGAUUGGAGGAAGAGCGAAAAAGAGAUGAUAAAAUAGAAAAAGUGAGAGAGUUUAGAAGAUCUCAGUAA